CUGGGCGGGGACCCGCCCGCCCGCCGUCAGCUUAGGUUGAGGCACCCUGCGUGUGUCUAUAACUUUGUGCUGCUGCCGCGGCCGCCCUGCUCGUGGAAGGGAGGAGGAGGAAUGUGGAAGGCAGCAGCGCGCAGGCUGACAGGCGGUUCUUCAGGCGGGCUGCGGCGGCUGCUGGAGCGCCUCUUCUUGGCCGAGGUUGCGCGCCCCCUCCUCGCCCUGCCCCGGCCCCGCGCGGGAUUGUGAGUCCUCCCCCCUCGUUCCUGAAGAGAAGGAACCCAGGCGGCGGCAGUAGCGGCGACGGCGGCGCCCGGGAUCCCGAGUCUUCGCGGCGCCCCCAUCCCUCCCCCGCCGCACCCCGCCCCGGCGCGAGAGGAGAGCGCGAGAGCCCGAGCCGCGGGCGGGCGGGCGGCGAAGAUGGCAGAGGCGCCGGCCUCCCCGGCCCCGCUCUCUCCGCUCGAAGUGGAGCUGGACCCGGAGUUCGAGCCCCAAAGCCGGCCGCGCUCCUGUACGUGGCCCCUGCAGAGGCCGGAGCUCCAGGGGAGCCCGGCCAAGCCCUCGGGGGAGGCGGCCGCUGACUCCAUGAUCCCCGAGGAGGAGGACGAUGAAGACGACGAGGACGGCGGCGGUAGGGCCGGCUCGGCCAUGGCGAUCGGCGGCGGCGCGGGCGGCCCGCUGGGCUCAGGGCUGCUCCUGGAGGACUCGGCUCGGCUGCUAGCUCCGGGAGGGCAGGACCCCGGGUCCGGGCCAGCCCCCGCGGCGGGCGCGCUGAGCGGGGGGACGCAGACGCCGCUGCAGCCUCAGCAGACACUGCCACCGCCGCAGCCGGGGGCGGCUGGGGGCUCCGGGCAGCCGAGGAAAUGCUCGUCGCGACGGAACGCCUGGGGGAACCUGUCAUACGCUGACCUGAUCACUCGCGCCAUCGAGAGCUCCCCGGACAAACGUCUCACUCUGUCCCAGAUCUACGAGUGGAUGGUGCGCUGCGUGCCCUACUUCAAGGAUAAGGGCGACAGCAACAGCUCUGCCGGCUGGAAGAACUCCAUCCGGCACAACCUGUCGCUGCACAGCCGGUUCAUGCGGGUUCAGAAUGAGGGGACCGGCAAGAGCUCAUGGUGGAUCAUCAACCCCGACGGGGGGAAGAGCGGGAAGGCGCCCCGGCGGCGGGCCGUCUCCAUGGACAACAGCAACAAGUACACCAAGAGCCGGGGCCGUGCAGCCAAGAAGAAGGCAGCCCUGCAGACCGCCACCGAGUCAGCCGACGACAGUCCCUCCCAGCUCUCCAAGUGGCCCGGCAGCCCCACGUCUCGCAGCAGUGAUGAGCUGGAUGCGUGGACCGACUUCCGCUCACGCACCAAUUCCAAUGCCAGCACGGUCAGUGGCCGCCUGUCCCCUAUCCUGGCUAGCACGGAGUUGGACGACGUUCAGGAUGAUGACGCGCCACUCUCCCCCAUGCUCUACAGCAGCUCGGCCAGCCUGUCCCCCUCCGUCAGCAAGCCGUGCACCGUGGAGCUGCCCCGGCUGACCGACAUGGCGGGCACCAUGAAUCUGAACGACGGGCUGGCCGACAACCUCAUGGACGACCUGCUGGACAACAUCGCGCUCCCUGCGUCCCAGCCGUCGCCCCCCGGAGGGCUCAUGCAGCGCAGCUCCAGCUUCCCAUACACCACCAAGGGCUCCGGCCUGGGCUCCCCCACCAGCUCCUUCAGCAGCACGGUGUUUGGCCCCUCGUCUCUGAACUCCCUGCGUCAGUCUCCCAUGCAGACCAUCCAAGAGAACAAGCCAGCCACCUUCUCUUCCAUGUCGCACUACGGCAACCAGACACUCCAGGACCUGCUCACGUCGGACUCACUCAGCCACAGCGAUGUCAUGAUGACCCAGUCGGACCCCUUGAUGUCUCAGGCCAGCACCGCUGUGUCCGCCCAGAACUCCCGCCGGAGCGUGAUGCUUCGCAGCGAUCCAAUGAUGUCCUUUGCCGCCCAGCCUAACCAGGGGAGUUUGGUCAAUCAGAACUUGCUCCACCACCAGCACCAAACCCAGGGCGCUCUCGGUGGCAGCCGUGCCUUGUCAAGUUCCGUCAGCAACAUGGGCUUGAGCGAUUCCAGCAGCCUCGGGUCAGCCAAACACCAGCAGCAGUCUCCUGUCAGCCAGUCUAUGCAAACCCUCUCGGACUCUCUCUCAGGCUCCUCCUUGUACUCAGCUAGUGCACACCUUCCCGUCAUGGGCCACGAGAAGUUCCCCAGCGACUUGGACCUGGACAUGUUCAAUGGGAGCUUGGAAUGUGACAUGGAGUCCAUUAUCCGUAGCGAACUCAUGGAUGCUGAUGGGUUGGAUUUUAACUUUGAUUCACUCAUCUCCACACAGAACGUUGUUGGUUUGAAUGUGGGGAGCUUCACUGGUGCUAAGCAGGCCUCAUCUCAGAGCUGGGUGCCAGGCUGAAGGCUCACUGAGGAAAGGGGAAGUGGGCAGAGCAGACCCUCAAACUGACACAAGACCUACAGAGGAAACCCUUUGCCAAAUCUGCUCUCAGCAAGUGGACAGUGAUACCGUUUACAGCUUAACACCUUUGUGAGCCCCUGCCGUUUCCUACCCCAGCAGAGACUGUUAUCGGCCCCUUACCCCGGGUGAAGCACUUACCCUCGCACAGAACUCUCUCUAUAAAGUAUGCAAAACCUUCCUUGUACGGGGUGACAGCCACCUGCCAGCGAAGGACAGCACCCUGCCAGCACCACCCACCCUGUUCAGAGCACACCGUGAGCCCGCGGGCCAUUCUCUGGUGUUUUAAUAUCGUGAUGGUUUAUGGGAUGUUUUAAGUGUUGUUUUUGUUUUCCUUUGACUUUGAGUUUUUCACAUGCAUUAACUUGCAGUCUUUUUAUGUUAAAAUAUUAAUCAUGCUUCCCCUGGCAAAUUUAAACACAGAAGGAAAAUGUUGUACCAGCUGCUAUGCUGGCUUUGGGUGUCACAAGCAUUCGAGCCCGUAGAACUCCCCAAACUAACACAUUACGUAAACUAGAGGGGGGGUUUCUUUCUUCUUUCGUUUGGUAGAAGACUAUCCUUUUCUAAAAACUGAACAGUGGCACAAGUGUUUUCUGUGUGCACCGGUCCAGGACAGAGCCCUGCAUCGGCAAACCUGACUCAGAACCAAACCACGUGCUUGGCUCUGAGUCAGGGUGGUUGGGGGAUGAGACCCCGGCACCUGGUCUGCAGUUGCCAGAUCAGUAGGGCCUGUGGUCUCCUGUCAGUAUCCUCAGCUAACACAGUCAACAGUGAUGGUAUGUUGGUUAGAAGUUAGAAUUUUUCAAGGAAGAAAUCAGCUCAGCUGUCCGCUCAUUGCCAAAUGCCACUAACAGGUUUAGUUUUAAGGAGAAAAGAAAAAAAAAGUAGUCGUGUUUUUCUUUGCAGAAGAAGUGAACUUACAGGUGAACAUUAAGCCCGCAGUGAGAAAUGUGUGGAAAGUACAAACCCGAGUCACUAUUUUUCUAAAUGUGCACCCUUGAUGAUUUUCAGUCUUGCUCUGUAUAAUCUGAUCUAGUAGACGUGUAUGAGUGACAAGCAAUAGCAUACAAACUGAUUUCUUUUUAAUAUAAAUAAGCUUAGAUUGUAAUUGUACAAGUGUCACAAUGGAAGUACAAGAUAGGGCAGUUUUGACCUCCCCCCACACACUUUUCCUGCUUCUAUGGAUUUCAUUUUUUUCUUUCCAAAAAGUUAUGGUGCUGUAUAGGUGCUUUCUGUUUAACCUGAGAAGUGUGAGUAUAUUAGUUACCCUCUUUGGUAGGCAGAAUAGUUGGGAACACCUUUGGUACAUAUGAAACUGGUGUAAUGAUGCUCUGAUUAGCACAGCAUAUGCAUACUUCUCCAAAGUGAUAUAUGAAGACUCUUUUCGUUGCAUAAAAAGCAUUAGGCAUAGAAAUGUAUAAAUAUAUUUUAUCACGUACAGUACAAAAAUGGAACAGUCUGCAUGGAUGUUAGGGAUACAGGCUAGUAUUUCAGCACAGACCUCCCUGCAUGAGUUCUCGCUGAUGCUUGCACCGUGCAGUGGGCACUGAUUCCCUUCCACCAACACAGACGUGCCACCCGACCCCCUGCACCCAUCACCAGCCACCAGGGGCCCCUUUGUGCACCUUUGCUUCCUGAUUCCUCUGGGGUUGAUAUUGGUGGUGAUAACAGCUCCUAGCAUAAUGAACGUUCCAUUUGGUGUUGCCACUUGUCUCUCCCGCCUCGCUUGGGCUGUCAUGUUUGAGCGAUGGCCCUGUUGAUUUCACCCUGCCCCCUACUGAAUCUGUAAAUUGUUGUGCAAUUUGUGGUUAUAGUAGACCUGUAGCAUAUCACCUUUUCUAAACUGCUACAAGUUUAUAAUCUUCAUUUUGAAAGUACGUAUAAUUUUUAAAAAUAUGUAUUCUAUUCACGUGGUCUGCUUGUCAGUGAGACAGACUUUUGCUUACUGUAUUCUUUUGUAAUAAAGCUAGCCACUUCCUUGAUUUCUUUGGUAGUCUGCUGUACACAAGAACUGUCAAGUGUCAGCAAGAGAGGACUGCCUUUCUGGGUCCCUAAGUGGUGCAGCCCCCUGGGUGGAGACAUAGUUCAGAGACAGUGGCAGCAGCUCAGGGACGGUGGGGAGUGGCAGAGGGGUGUUGGAUAUAGGGGAGAAUCCGAGUGCUUCCAACACGAGGGCCCUGAGAACUUCUCUCCUGAGCUCAAAGAAACAAGAAAACUAACAAAAUAGCUACUUGCCUUUGCAGUUUUAUACACCGUGGGAAAUACUUUGGGAGUAAGAAAGACAACCCUCAAAUGUGUUUUGACUUUUAAAGUGUUGAAUUCCUUUCAGACAUGUGGCAUCUCAUUUAUUCUUUUUUUUUCCCCCCCAAUGUUUGUUAGAUUUCAGGCAGAAUGUUUUACAAAAUGUCCUAGAACCGGAUUCUAAUUUAAUCUAAAACAGCUGAGGGAGGGACAGAGCGGUAUGAGAGCAGGAUAGCCACAGAGCAGAUCAGGAAAACGGAGAGGGAGGGGUGCUUGGAAUUUUUUUCUUUUCCUUUUUUUUUUUUUUUUUGAAGUAAGUCAGCAUCUACAUGUAGAGUGUCGCGGACAGCUGAGAUCAGGGCAAAGUGUAGCGCCAGCGUCAGGCAAGAAUGGGAUAGUUAAGCCUGUCCAGGAUCACAGCAGGCCCACUCUCACCCUUGGCCGCCCACCCAGAGGCCAGGAUCCCUUAGGCUAACUGAGUCCGAAGGCAGUCAGACAGGGCAGAGGUGCCACCUAAGCCCUCUCCCUCUUGUAUUUGAAGACCCUGCUUUCAGGAGGGGCCUACCGAUGGCCACCAUGUGGAGUUCUGAGUGCCAGGGGCCCUCACAGGAAGUCUUCUGACCUGGAGUAUCUCAGUGGAAUACUUGGUAGUCUCCGGGAGUCUGGCGGUUGUAAUGUUUGCGUCCUGAUAAGAACUUUCGGAGUCUACACUCAGCCUCUAAAUAAGCUAGGGAGCCUUCCACUUUUUGAUGGGAAAUUUAGAAAGAAGAGUAACAAUGUUGAAAACAUGACCCGAACUCCGGGGUUCUGUUGUUCUCUUCAGGGCUCCAGAACCAGAUACAUUUUACCAAAGUUAGAAAAGAGCUUUAUCACAAGCCUUCACCGUCCUGGCGUGAGUGAGGCCUGACCGCCAGGUUCAGAGUAUCCCGUUAACUGUGAAUGAAUCUGAGGUCGAUUUCCUUUAUCCUUUAUUGCAUCCCCUGCAAUGUAAUGACUGCCGAAACAUAUUUUUUUAAAUUUCAGAAGUUUGUCUCUCCUGUUAACGGGAAGAGCGUGCACACACGUGUAGUAAUGGUGGACUGUGUGUGUGUGUGUGUGUGUGUGUGUGUGUGGUGGUGAGUUUUGCCCUGUGUGUGUUGCUCCCCCACCCUGAGGAGAAGACCUCUUGGCUCACUGGUCAGGACAGGUAUGCCCAGUCUCAGGGUGUCAUUUCAGGCGGCUUCUGAAAUUGUUAAAGAUGGUAGGGAGUCUAUCUAAUGAACCCCACUUAAAGAAUAAGGAAUAUUUGAAUCUCUUGGAAAGGCCGUCAAGAGGAAAGCAGUCAAACACCCAGGCCCAUUUUUCAUGCUGAUUCCAAGGGCUGGUGAGGGGAAAUUAAAAAGUUACCCUUUCUCUCUGAAAGCAGAAAUAAAAUCCUGACAGCUCCAAACUCUGAUUUCUUCUUUCUCGGUGUAUUUGGGGAACACUGUACGAUUAGGUAUAAUGUAUUCUUUUUUUAAUUAAGAAAAGCAAAAAAUUUUGUAGAAAUACAAUCACUGGCAAAGAGGUAUGAAAAAGCCAGCCUCUCCUGGAGACCAGGGGCGGCAGGGCACAGCGAGGGGAGAGUGAAGUCCUUGUGAAAUCAUGUCUGUCAGACAAGAUCUUAACGCAGAUGCUCAAGUAACUGAAGAGUACAGUCGGCCCUCCGCACACACGGGCUCGGCAUCCUCGGAUUCAACCAACCACGGAUCCGUAGGGCCGACUGUACUACACCAUUUUAUAUAAGGGACUUGGGCAUCCACAGAUUUUGGUGUCUGUGGAGGUCCUGCAACCAAACCCCCACGGAUAUCAAGGGGUGACUGUGUAUUAUAUUUGAUCUAGAUCUUUAGUGGGUAACAUUUUAUGCAGUUCGAAUGAAUGAAAUAUUUUCCUCUUGUUUAGUUUUAUUUGUAUGUAUUUUUCUUUGUUGAAUGAUUGGUUCCGAGGCCUCUGCCACACUCCAGAAAUAUUUGUGCGGCUGCUUUAAAAAAAAAAAAAAAACAACUACAUGUCUGGUCACUUAUUUCUCUAAAAUUAUCUCAUUGCCUGGCAAUCAAUCUUCUCUCAAUACACUUGUCCUAGUACAUUAUGUACAUGCAAAAUGUAAACAGAUGUGAAGGAGGACCAGAAAAAUUAGUUAAUAUUAAAAAAAUGUACAUUUUGGCUUCACAUGUUUAACUUUUUUUUUUAAGAAAAAAAGCUGCAUGAAUGGAAAAAAAAUCUGUAUACAGUAUCUGUAAAACUGUCUUAUCUGUUUCAAUUUCUUGCUCAUAACCCAUGCAAACUAGAACUCAUUGUGGUGCCUGGCCAUAUUCAAACACCUAAGAGUCACGCAGUUGAUACUUCGGUUUGAAGCACCUCAUCCUUUCUUUCAAAGCGAACACUAUCAUCUUGCAUUCUUACUGAGGAUUUUGUCUAUCCAUAUGUUGCCAUGAAUUAUCUCCACCACCUUUCCUCUCAAGAAUCAAAACCAGUUUGAUUUGGGAAUCUUCUCCUUUCCAAAUGAAAUAGAGAUGCAGUACUUAACUUUCCUUGGUGUUUGUAGAUAUUGCCUUGUGUAUUCCAUUUAAAACCGUAAUCUAGUUUGUAAAAGAGAUGGUGACGCAUGUAAAUAAAGCAUCAAUGACACUA